GAAUGUUUUGACGUUCCUUGUAAGAAUGAAGGAGUUUGCACUGAUGGAGACAACACCUUUACUUGUGUCUGUGCUGAUGGCUGGACUGGGACUACGUGUGAGGAUACCGACGAAUGUUUUGCCGUUCCUUGUAAGAAUGAAGGAGUUUGCACUGAUGGAGACAACACCUUUACUUGUGUCUGUGCUGAUGGCUGGACUGGGACUACGUGUGAAGAUACCGACGAAUGUUUUGACGUUCCUUGUAAGAAUGAAGGAGUUUGCACUGAUGGAGACAACACCUUUACUUGUGUCUGUGCUGAUGGCUGGACUGGGACUACGUGUGAGGAUACCGACGAAUGUUUUGCCGUUCCUUGUAAGAAUGAAGGAGUUUGCACUGAUGGAGACAACCCUUUACUUGUGUCUGUGCUGA